UCCAAGCUCUUCAUCAUCAACCGGCAGCAAAUAGAGAAUAAACAUCUCUCAUCCUCUCCGAUUUUAAGCCCUUCUGCAUCGGCCCAGAUUCAUCUGUCGGUAAGGGGCCGGUCAUCGGAGGGAGAGAUCAAGAAAAAGAAAAUUUAAAAGAGAAGUCUGAAAAAUCCGGAAAAAAAAAAGUAAAGUAAAAAUGAUUGGAAAAGUUGUUGUUUCAGGGAUUUCCCUAAUUCUUGUUGUUGGUGUUGUCAUCGGAGUGGUGGCAGCUGUCAACCGCGGUGGUGGAUCAACUAGCACUGAAAACUUGUCACCACAUAUGAAGGCUGUUACCCAAUUAUGCCAGCCUACGAAUUACAAGGAAACUUGCACCCAAACCCUCAGUGGUGUUAACAGCACUGAUCCUAAAGAGCUCAUCAAGGCAGGCAUAUUAGCCAUUUCAUCUUCCUUGACAAAAUCAUUGAACUUGAGUGAUGAUCUCGUUGUCAAGGCUGGUAGCGAACCCCGCACCAAAUUGGCCUUGGAAGAUUGCAAGACAUUGUUGAAAGAAGCCAAUGAGGAGCUUCAGGAUACACUUGCAAAGAUGUCUGAUAUAAACCUGAAAACAAUAGCUGACCAAGCUGAUGAAUUCCGUAUUUGGUUGAGUUCGAUCAUCUCUUACCAAGAAUUGUGCAUGGAUGGAUUUGAUCAGGACAACGAAGUGAAAUCAGCAGUGCAAAAAAGCACUGAAUUUGGAAGCGAACUGACAGACAAUGUCCUGAACAUUCUUGGUGGAAUUUCAGAUGUCUUGAAAUCCUUCGGCCUUCAAUUUAAUCUUCCUGGUAGCAAUUCUCGCCGCCUUCUACAGGCUGAUGGGUACCCAACCUGGUUAUCUGGUGCUGAUCGUAAGCUCUUGGCAGCCCGCAACAAUGCCAAGCUCCCACCAAAUGCAGUUGUAGCUCUUGAUGGUAGUGGUAAAUUCAAGUCCAUUAACGAUGCUAUAAAUUCAUACCCUAACGGUCACAAGGGCCGAUAUGUUAUCUACGUUAAGGCUGGAAUCUAUCACGAGGCAGUAAAGGUGCCAAAGACCCACACUAACAUUUACAUGUACGGUGAUGGACCUAGGAAGACCAUCGUCACAGGAAAGAAGAGCUUCACCAGUGGCAUAAACACCUGGAACACCGCCUCAUUUGUGGUUGAGGCUGAUGGGUUCAUUUGCAAGUCCAUGGGAUUCCAAAACACAGCCGGUCCAGAUGGUCACCAGGCUGUUGCCAUUCGUGUUAACUCCGACAUGUCAGUUUUCCACAACUGCAGAAUGGACGGGUAUCAGGACACAUUGUUGUACCAAGCCAAGCGUCAAUUUUACCGCAACUGUGUUAUCUCAGGAACCAUUGAUUUCCUCUUCGGUUAUGGAGCAGCUGUUAUCCAGAACUCCUUGAUCAUUGUUAGGAAACCAAACCCAAACCAGUUCAACACUGUGACAGCAGAUGGCAGGAAGGAAAGAGGACAAAACACUGGACUUGUUAUCCACAAUUGCAGGAUUGUUCCCGAGGUAAAACUUGCUCCUCAGAGGCUAACCACCAGAACAUACUUGGGCAGACCAUGGAAGCAAUACUCCAGGACUGUAGUUAUGGAGACACAAUUGGGAGAUUUGAUUCAACCUGAUGGAUGGAUGCCAUGGGCUGGAAGCCAGUUUCUCGACACAUUGUACUAUGCUGAAUACGCAAACAGUGGACCUGGUGCAAACACUGCUAGGAGGGUUAAGUGGAAGACACUUCAUUUGUUGAACAGGAAUGAAGCUCAACAAUUCACUGUCGGAAGAUUCCUUGCUGGUGCCGGACAAUGGAUCGGAGGCGCUGGAGCUCCUUUCUUGCUUGGGUUUAAGAGAUAGAGCGCAGGGAAAUUAUCAGUAGAAAGAGAGAACUAACAUAGGAAAGGCAUAGAAGAUCAUCUGGUAUUCAAUAAAAUAUGAGCCUGAAAGCCAAGUAACAGAACAAAAUGGCUAAUUUUAUGUUCUCUCUAUUAAUUCACUUCUUUCUUUGUCUUACUGAUAUUGAAUUUUUUUUUUUUAUGUUUUAUUUUUUGUAUUCCUUUGAACAAUUGAAUAAAGAGAAAAAGAAAUCGGGUGCUUCAUAUGUAAUGAUCAUUUGUAACAUUAAUAAUAUAUUAUGUUAUAUGAA